ACCGCGAUGUCUAAUACAAACAAUAAGCAAACUCCUCAGACUGGCAAAUUGUUUCAGUUCAAGCUUGUUUUGUUAGAUUCACCGUUUGAGCUUUCGUGUGGAGAAUCGGCAGUCGGCAAAUCAAGAGGAGCAAGAUCCCUUGUAUCGGGACAGUUUGAUCGACUGAACAAAAAGUUACCAAAGGCUGGAUUUAAUGAUUUCAUACCGACCCAGUCCAAUUUAGUAUUACGCUUCGUCAAGGAUCAAUUCAGUGAUUACAGGGAAAGCACCAUUGGAGCUGCAUUCCUAACGCAAACAAUUAGCUUGGAUGAUAGUACAACGGUUAAAUUUGAAAUCUGGGAUACGGCUGGUCAAGAACGUUACAAGAGUUUGGCACCGAUGUAUUAUAGAAACGCGAAUUGCGCCGUGGUAGUUUAUGAUAUAACCCAAGCUUCCUCUCUGGACAAGGCUAAAUCGUGGGUGAAAGA